AUGCCCACUACAACGACAACGACAACUACUGUCCCGGUUGUCAUGACCCGGGAAAAGGAUGCGAAUGGCGAUCCUCUGUACCCUGAUUAUAUGCCAUUUUACGAUCCUCUCGAAAAAGUCGAAGACCCUGGCACCUUUGAGCACUUUGAUCCGGGCCAUCGCGCAGACCCCAAAUUUCCAAAUUUACUGAAAAAUGUUGAGAAAACGUGGGACUUGUCACCACAUGUUGGUACGGAAAUCCAUGGUGUUCAGCUAUCUCAGCUCAAUAGCGCCGGCUUGGAUGAACUAGCUCUUCUUACAGCUCAGCGCGGUGCGUUGGUAUUUCGCGAUCAAGACUUCGUGACUAUUGGCUUUGAAGCUCAAAAGAAACUCGUCCGACACUUUGGCCCCUUGCAUGUUCAUGGAUGGGCGCCACAUCCUGCUGCUGGCUCAGAGGAACAUAUGAUUAUUUACGACCACAAAGAUGACUUGCGUGUACGCCAAUCUUGGGCUGGAAGAAGCCCUGUCCAAUGGCAUACCGAUCAAAGUCCGGAAAAGCAACCACCUGGAACAACUUUUAUUGCUAUGCUCGAGUCCCCUACGACCGCUGGUGGUGAUACACUCGUGAGCUCUAGUGUUAGGGCCUACAGUAGUCUUUCGCCUCGAUUUAGAAAGCGCCUGGAAGGUCUUACAGCCAUUCACUCAAAUAAUGAUGGCGUGGCACAGGAGCUUAAGCAUGGCCAGAAAGCUGUUAUGCGUCGAGAGGCUCUUCAGGCCGAACACCCUGUUGUUUUAGUUCACCCUGUCACUAAGCAGAAGGCACUAUAUGUUAAUCCAGUGUACACCAAGAAAAUUGUAGGAUUUGAUCAAGAAGAAUCCGAUUGCAUAUUGAAGUUUUUAUUCGAUCACAUUGCAAAGCGACAGGAUUUUUCCUGUCGGAUUCGCUAUGAAGCUGGAACGGUUCUUGUCUGGGAUCAACGCGUGACAAAUCAUUCACAGACGCUUGAUUAUCCUGUUGGUGAUCGGAGACAUGGCUUUAGACUUACGCCUCUCGCUAAUAAACCGAUCCCAGCCAGGAUUGAGAAAGAUGAUGGGGAAUGUGCCCGCGAUGAGGCGCGUGUGCAAUUAAAUCUUUGUUAA